AUGUCUGACGAGACUGCGGUGAAGAGGAGGGUGUCAGGACGAGAUCGACGCGAAUCUACUGCGAAAAGAAGAGCGUCGACCCCAGCACAACCUGUCGCUCCGUCCACACCAUCAAUCUCCAGGAAAGCCUCCACUCCGGCUGCCAAUGUAGCCUCAGAACCUCGUCAAAAGCGGUCGUAUACCAAAAGAGCGAAUCAGGUUCGAGUGCAGACCCCGGCUUCUCGAGAUUCACCACCAGCCUCUGUUGAAGAGGAUGUGUUGCCCACCAAGAUUGCCCCCGAUCAAGCGCUUCAUACAACCAAGGAAAAACAGGCGACCGAUUUGUCUCUGAAAGACUAUCAGUCGAUCUCUGACAGUGCCAUUCUGGCCGCGUCUCUACACCGGUCUCGAAUGCAAUGGCUAUACGAUGGAGUGUUCGAGAAAUACUGGGUAAAGCCAUUCAAGAGGAAGGGCGUUGUUCAACAGCCACCCAAUAACCCUGAUGUGAAGACCAUGUCUAAACUAGGUCUUGCGACCAUCACCAUCGAGCCUCAUACCUUUGAUGCGAUCUUUUAUGUUGUCCGCGAUCCGACGGUACUCCAACCAGCUUAUCCACGCCAUGCCAACCAGCACACACCAAAAGCGAUGCUACCCCAAUUGAACGCCUCUCCUCGACCGACUGGUAUGUAUCCUCCUCCAAUACCGUACCAGAGCCACCCAUCCAGUCCAGCUCUCAUUUCCAAACCUCCCCAAGUGACAUAUCAAAGUCAACCCGCCACCCCGCCUACUGGUUCAGCACCUCCUCCCUCCGUCAAUACAUCUUUACCUCCUGCACCUGUUGUGCCUCCGACUCCGCCACCAACACAACAGCAAACUUCAAAUGGUCCAUCAAACACCCCAACACCAGCCAAGCCGGAGUCGACUGUGACACCUACCACCGCCGUCACGCCGGACAUGGCUGCGCCGCCACCAAUUGCAUCUAAUCCACCCCCAAAACAAAGUCCUACCCCGACAUCUAGCGAUAAGUCGAACGCACCAGCUAGUACAAAGGGUGGUACGACAGAUCCAGUGAUUCAAAUGCUUGCCGCACGGGCAGCUACAGACACCCGACUAAAGGAGUUGAUGAAGAUAGUCGCCACGUCCAAGGCCUCGCCGGAACAGUUGAAGGAAUUUCAGGCACAUAUCGACGAGUUCAAUCAGGUGAUUAGGAAGCAAGAGGCGGAAAGAUCUGCCAAAGCAGGUAAUAAUCCAACGGCCAAGCCUCCAGCGACCAAUGUUGGUCCUUUACAGCCAGGCCAAGGUCCAGAUUCGAGACCCGGGGUGCAGCCUCCUACUCCUAAAGCAGCUACAGCCAAUCCUCCCACAACAGCACAAAGCCCGUCUGGCCCACCUGCUGUUGGUGCAUCUCAUCCACCUCCGUACAAGGCCCAGGCUCCGCCACCCGCGCCACCCCGACCGCCAAUGCCUCCACCAGGACCAAGCACGAAUACUCUGCCAGGGGUGAUGCAUAGGUACCCUCCAGCACCUUCUAGUGGACCAACAAGACCUAUGACGGGAUAUAUGGGAUAUCCUCCAGCGCCGGCACCACCACCACCUCGGCCAGAACCAAUCAUCAGACAUGUUGUAAUGGAACUCACCAGCACCCCUUCUGCGACCCAGUCUGCUUUAUCGGAUCGAUGGCUUUUCCCCGAGCAUGCUGUUCUUGAGAUCCGGCCAUCAGGGUUGGAAAUGCUCUGUUCAUUUCUUGUGGAGAAGAAAGGCAAAAACAUGGGGACUCCCAUUGGGGGAGGUGAUUCAGCAGCAACGGAGGAAGUAAGUGGAAGUGGAAAUGGCAGUGAGAGUCAGGGCAAGUUUUCAGCAGAGAAGGAAUAUUAUCAACCGGUGACCAUGACGAUCAAGGUGACGCAGCACAAAACAAUAGCGACGAUAGCUCAGGCAGCGAAACCAUUGGCCACAGUGCAGGAGUACAUGAAGGAAGUGAUGGCGAAGAAGGAACGCGCACCGACCGAGUAUUUGGUGCAUCAGCUUCCACGUGAGAAGGGGACUGAAGGAAUUGAUCAAAGCUUUGUCGACAGCGGCGUGGAGAUUGGCAGUGGCUCUGAUAUGGAGGACGAGGAAUUGCAGGAUGUGUAUGGAAUAUGA